UUCAUCAUGCCUGAGUCGGCUAAAUCUGCCCCGGCUCCGAAGAAGGGGUCCAAGAAAGCGGUGACCAAGGCCCAGAAGAAAGACGGCAAGAAGCGCAAGCGCAGCCGCAAGGAGAGCUACUCUAUCUACGUGUACAAAGUGCUGAAGCAGGUCCACCCGGACACCGGCAUCUCGUCCAAGGCCAUGGGCAUCAUGAACUCGUUUGUCAACGACAUUUUCGAGCGCAUCGCGGGUGAGUCGUCGCGCCUGGCGCAUUACAACAAGCGUUCGACCAUCACCUCCAGGGAGAUCCAGACGGCCGUGCGCCUGCUGCUGCCCGGGGAGCUGGCCAAGCACGCCGUGUCCGAGGGCACUAAGGCCGUCACCAAGUACACCAGCUCCAAGUGAGCCAGCCCGCUGCCACACAUGACCCAAAGGCUCUUUUCAGAGCCACCUACACUUUCAGAGAAAUAGCUGGUGCACUUGCCUGUAGUCUAGUUUCUCUCGGGAGAGUAGGGGGUUGGUUUGGGAGCGGAAAAUGGGGUAAAAACUUAAAAAGCCCUCCGUAAAUAUUCUAGUAUACGCAUUUAUGCAGUGUCAUGCAAAUUUAGUGUGGAUUCUUUGGCGUCCUUUGAAAAAGAUUUUCAGUUUUGCCCUCAGCUGCAAUAGCCAAAAUUUCGCUUUUGUUUACACUUUUUCAACGCAAGGAACGCUCCCCGUCUCUGAUUGGGCAGAAGCACUAUUUGAAAAGCCCGCCGUGGGCUGCAAUUGGCCAGAUAGUCUGCCAUCAGGGUUGUGCGUUUUGAAGAGAUUUUCUCGAAAGUAAAAGGAUGACUUGCUUUAUCUGCGGAAAUGCACCGGGCUCUGGAGCCAAGAGCCAUAAAGCUGACAAUUAACGGUACUGUGUUCUGCAGUCGAAUCCUGGGCGAAAUUAACCUCUCGGUGUCUAUCUCUCAUCCACUACAGAAUGGGUACGGUAACAUUAGACUUGCCUAUCCUACGGAGAUCUUAGGGUGAGUUGAAGUGAUUUAUGUCAAAGUGCAACGGGAAUAUUAAAGGUCAGGGACGUUCCUUAAGGAGAAAAGUUUGAACAAGGAACCCAGCAAUUUGGGAAAGCCGCGUUCUUCCAAUGUUUAAUCGAUGUGCCGGAAGGAGAUAUGCCAGGACUCGCUAGGCUGGGGGAGUAGUUAUCUGGCAGUGACUUUAGAGUCCACGAUUUAAAAUCCCGCGAUAGAAGUCAGAGAACUCAGUAUUUAAGAGAAGGGCGUACUUACUUAACGCAUGGGCUAACUAGGAAUAUUAGGGAAUGGAGUCUCAAGGCAUGAUCGAAAGUCCUUCAAUUCCCCCCUCCCCUGCACCUUUCAACAAUGCCUAAAUUCUUUUUUUUUGCAGUUGGAAGCAUUAACAUUUUCCUCUACCCUGUCAUCCCCUCUCACCAGUAAAUGACUGCUAUUGUAAAUCUUUUUUUCCCCCAUUAACAGCAAAAUAAGCCCCUACUACCACAUCCCCCCUCCAGGCUGUAACAUUUCCUCUCUUUCCCUAUUGUCACUUUCCUUAAAGUUGUAGGUAUAGACCCUAUGUCAGACGAACAGUCUUGUCCCUGUCACAGACAACAAGCCUCCAGGAAUUCAUGCCAACAGGUCAAUGGGUCUGCAAAAUAUACGGGUUUGUCAUUCACUCCUCUAAGAUGAGAUUCUUUUUCCAGUCCCUGCGCCCCUGUCAUUAGAUCUUGGGAGUUGGCGACAAAACCCACCGACAAGCUACCCUACUUGGUGGAGAGCAGUCCCCUAAUUUCAUCCUGAACUCAUCAGCAUCAUAUUCAUCCCCUCUUUCUAUUAUUUGCUUUUUCCGAGAUUUUUUUCUUCCACUGUUAAGAGAUCAGAGGGAUAAUUACCUUCAGAGUGGGUGAAAUAAGAAGUAUUGCCCUCUUCUGCCAUCUUGUGGCAAGAAAACAGAAGGACCGAUCCAAGGCGUCGUGUUUUCCAGAUCCAGCUGAAAUGCUUCCUAACUUCAACUUUUUACUAACAGUGAGUUAGGAUGAGUAGAGUGAUCAUUUCUGUCUCCCUUUAACCGCCGGAUUUGUUAGUCACUUCAAGAGUCACUUGUGCGCAUGUGAGAGAGAGAGAGAGGUAUUGUUUUGUGCCCUGGUCAGAGCUGUGGAAAUAAAAAGGAAUAAAAUUUUAAAAAAGAAAUCAAAAUAUUAUGCACCCUAAAAUAAAUAAAAAAUAAUAGCUCACCCUAGUUCUGGUCCUCAAAGUAAUAAAUACUUGAAUGUUUUCUGUAAACCUAAACACCUGACAGAACAAUGAUACCCUGAUUUUUGCUAGACUGCUCUUUGAAGAUGUGUCAGGACUUGUCAGGAUAAUAAUUACCAUGUGAGUUGCAAUUUUUCCACCAUGAACAGGCCAACGUGCACGUGGUAACCUCAGUCAUUUUGCAGCUCCCCCCUCCAACACACACCAUUUUAAAUACUUGUGUGUGUGUGUGUGUUUUCCUCAAAGUCUGACUCUUGACCUCUUUGCAGGUAGACUUUUUUUUUCCUUUCCAAACGUUUCUGUCUCUUAGUCCUGCUUUGACAGUUUCUACUGCCUAAGUCCAAACAAACAUCCUAUUAAAAUGCUUGUAUUAGUUUGCUAGCACUGCCACAACAAAAUACCACACACUGGGUGUCUUAAACAACAAAAAUUUAUUUUCUCACAGUUCUGGAGGCUAGAAGUCCAAGGUUAAGGUGUCGGCAGGACUGGUUUCCCUCCUUGGCUUGCAGCUGGCUGUCUUGCUGUGUCCUCACAUACUCUUCUUUCUGUGUGUCUGCACCCCUGGAGUCUUUUCCUUUUCUUAUAAAGAUACCAGGGCUUUCGGAUUAGGACCCUACCCUAAUGAUCUCAUUUAACCUUAAUUACCUCUUUAAAGGCCCUAUCUCCAAAUAUAGUUACUUUGGGGUUAGGGCUCAAAACAAAGGAAUUUUGAGGGAACACGAUUGAGUCCAUUUUGGCAUUUAGGCCAUUUUUUCCAUGCUUUGAUCCCAACUUUCUAUUCCAAAUUGUCUUUCAUAAAAUGUUUACAUUUAGCUUUAACUGCAGCUAAAGAGACAGUUGUGAUAUACCCUAAACCAGAGGUUAAAAGUCAAAUGCUCACGGGGGCCGAGCAGAUAAAAGCAAAACUGGCUACAAGGUGCUCUUUGCUAUUUUUCUUGAAGUACAAAGACUUCUGACACUGUAUUUCACCUUCCCAGUUUUAGUAACAUAUUUCACUGUUCUCUUAAUACUACCCUACGAACAACCACAGCACAGGGAUGUUGAUAAAUGCCAACUCACACUUGGAAACUAAGGGGACCAGUGGGAACUGCAGAAAACUGAAGGCUGCAGAGCCUAUACACUAUGAUUUCACUUGACUGUUGCCUCGUGGGGCUGCAGGCUCAGGGUCAGUGAGUCUUUCAAUUUUUUCAAGAGGAUUUGCAUUUUAAUAAGGAAUACUUCAAAUUUUCCAAAUUGGCAAUUGUCAACAAAAAAAUUAAUCGGUCAAUCUAAGAAAGAAAUGGAAACUUUUAUUCAAGCCAAAUUGCGGCUGAUAACCCAGGAACAGUCUCUCAGAAAGUUCUGAGAGACUGUUCCACCCGUUAAAGAUCAAAGCACAGUUAAGUUUUUGAGACUGAGACCUGUACAUACAAUGACGUGUUAUUGACAGUUUACACAAUCCAGAUCUAUGCCUACAAAUCAAGUAGUGGGUCAGGGCCAUCAUGGCCCCUUAUGAGAUUACGACGUAAGGUUAUCUCCUAAGGAAUAGUGACCCUGAUGAGAUUAAUAAGGAAUGUUAUCUCCUAGGGAGAUCUGGUUAAUACAGAUGUACAACACAGACUAAAGGGGAGGGAGGAGGCCCAAAUAGGCAAAGAAAAAUUUUAUGUUUAAAAUUUUCUUGUCUUGCCAUAAAAUAUGAAUUUUAUUUCAUCACAACUAAUAAAAAAUGUAUAAUAGUGUGGACUCAACAAAAAAUACCUGAAAGCUUCCUGAAAACCUUAAUCCCACAGCUGGAGAACUCUGAACAUUAACAGAGAUUUCUGUGUCCAUGUCAAGCUGUCCAGUAUACUGUCCAUACCACCAAAACCCAGAUCAAAUGCCUGGAUCUCCCUAUCCUCCUAAAUCCUCAACUGAAAAGAAUCUGUUUCGCACUUGGCAGCUCUAGACAGAGCAGAGGGUCACACACACAGCAGGCAUUCAACAGCUUUUUUUUUUUUUUUUUUGGCAAUUUAAGUAAAUGGAUAAAAAAGUGAACUAAACAAAUAAUAAAAAAAUUUCAGCUCUCUACCAACAAUGAGGUAAAAGUGGUGAAAGUUGUUUGGAAUAGUUUAUUGUAGAUUAAAUAGUUAAUAAAUAAACUUAUUCUUUUCUAAUUAUGUUAUAUUUGUCUUACUGUGAUGUAUUCUCCUCUACCUACUUUUCUUUGUUCCUUUCAAAUUUUUCUCCUUUUUUAAAUUUUUUUUAGUAACUGUUCUUAUUUCUCCUAUCUUACAAUGAAUAAAAUGAAAGGGGAAGGUAGAGGCGGUAAGGAUCUUAGCGGAAGCUCCACCUCUUCCCUUCCUGGUUCCACUGCCUUCUGCAAAUGGCCCACCCUUGUUCCCUGAACCCAGCUUGCCCCUCUCUCUCCUUUAGCUCCUUGUUUCCUCUAUUUACAUGAGGCACAGACUCAAAUUCUGUUGAAAUCAGCUCUCUAGUGAAUCACUGAUUUCUUUUAAUAUUUUUUUACUUUAUUUCCACGCAUAUGGGAGAAGUAGGAAAAACCAAUUGUCUUCUUCUGAUUAACAAAUAUCACAAAAAUAAAGAUCUUGAGGAAAAAAGGAGCUGCCAAUUAGCAGCUUAUUACUAGGGCAAGACAUUUUCUUUGCGAAAGACGAUCACUUACAGACUUUUACAAUUUAAAUGUUACUUCGUAGUAACAUGGGUCAUAGUAACAAUCUCUGAGGUCAAUGUCUUUGAACAUCAUCAGAAAUAGCCAUUUUAGGAAGCCCUACAGGAUCUGUUCCUCUCUCCAGCACUAAAAACUGUCUGUGUUUUCAAGGCUAGAUCCUGGAAUUCCACUGGUCAGUAUAGCAAUAAAAGCAGGCCUGAGAAUGAAAACUUGGCAUUGAAGAAGUAUAAGGGGAAAGGAAGAUUAUUAACAGAAUGUGUAUGAGUUGUCAGAAUAAGUUACCAAACUUGGAAGUGUGUGAAUGGGAUCUGUGGACAAAAACUGUCACCUGCCAUAUCAGUAAACGAAGGAUUUUACCGCAGCCAUCAAGCCAUCAGCCACUGCCACACACUGACUGUGCACCCUGAGGGGCUUCAGGAUGGAGAAAAGCAGGAUACUGUCUCUAGGUAGUUAAGAUACAUAUCAAAGGAACGAUUUCAAUGAGCCCAGACUCUUGCAUCUUCCCACACAUAAAAACGCGCUAAAUUCAUUAACUUGUGAUGUCUGGUUUUCUUUAAUUAGCAGUGAUAUUUUGAUGCUAGACCACCCGGUGUUUGUUUGUUUGUUUGAACUCCUAUAUAUCUUGGCUACUCCCUUACCUCUUCACAGCAGUCCCUCAAAGCUAUCUGAGAGGCUGCAACCUGGGCUUAAGUCCUCAGAAGGUCCACGGAAUAAAACAUAAUUCUCAACUUUUAGGUUGUG